AUGGCCUUAUGGGCAGACAAUUCCGUCCCAAUAGCAGUCUGCUUGGUAGUGCUAGGUUUUGUGAACUGCUGUUACCCGUUGCUAAUCAAUUACUGCUCCAACAGCACACUUUAUUCAUCCCUUAACCAGCAAUAUAAAAUUAGUAAGAAAAGGAUGUCUGAUCGAAGACAGGAAAUUCAACCUGAACAGGUGCUACUGAAAUCGGACACUGAUCCGGAGAAGCUGAAGGUAGAAACUAAUUCAGCAAAGAAAGAGAAUGAUGUUGAUAAGAAGGAACGUAAAAAGAUAUGUAGAAUUUGGCAACGAAAAAGUCCUCGAUCAUAUAAUUUUGAAAGAGAGAAGGAUGAAACAAAAAAGUUGAGAAUGUCAAUUGGAUUGGAUCUCGAGAAUCGUGAUGAUAAAGGUCUCAAUAAUCAUAUUAUCAUGAAUUUUGGUGAAGUAUUCGCGGAACCGGAUGGAAGCCAUUCAUUCAAUUGGACUUGGCUUGUAACCAAUCGGGUCUUCACGGCUACAAGUGUUUCAAUCUACAAAUUACUGGCUGCUUUUAUUGCAAUACCAUUCGCAGUAUUUUUCGGUAUUCUGUUUGCGGUUUUCGCAGUAAUUAGCGUUUUCUUAUGUACACCACUUGGAGUAUUACUUACGAUACCACUGAAUGCUUUUUCUAAGUGCUGGGACUUCGUCAUAUGCAGAUUUCUGAACCCAAUUACCAAAGCAGUCUGCUGUGAAAGAAAAAAAGAUGAAAAAAAUGCAAUUGUACUGGAUGCUUAA